AUGUCAAGAUUUUUAAAGCCAUUACAAGAAUUUCUAGCAUCAAAAAAGGACUUUUCAAUUCUUUACUCAUCCAAUUCCGUAAAUCCAUUUGUUACAAGUUCAACAGAACGAGUUUACGUCUUAGAUUCAUCUUUUAAUCCACCACAUUUAGCUCAUUAUGCAUUAAUUGAAGAACUGUUAAAAACUAAUCAUGACGAUAUACCAAUUGAGAAUGAACUGCUUUUAUUAUUGCUAUCUGUUAAAAAUGUGGAUAAAGUUCAUCCACAACCUGAAUCAUUUGAUAAAAGACUAGAAAUGAUGUAUUAUAUGGCAAAUCAUAUUUCGAAAAAUCAUCCAAUAAAUGUAUCAAUUGGAGUAACAAAUCAUGCAAAAUUUGUAGAUAAAUCAUUAUCAAUAUUAAAUUACUUGGAAUCACAAAAUAUAACAAUCCAUCAAGGUUUUAAACUUACAUUUUUAAUUGGAUUUGAUACUUUAAUUCGUAUAUUUGAUCCAAAAUAUUAUUUACCUGAUAAAUUAUCAAAUUCAUUAGAUCAUUUUAUGAAAAUGACAGAUUUAUUUUGUUUAACUAGACAAAAUGAACAUAUAAGUAUAAUACAACAACUGGGAUAUGUUAAAGAUAUCUCAAAAGGAAAACAUGAUGAAAUUCCAAAAAGUUGGUCAAAUAAUAUCUUUUUAUUAAAAAAUUUGAAUGAAGAUAUUGCUCAGAUUAGUAGUUCUAGUAUUAGAAAAGAAAUUAAAGAAGGUAAAUCGAAUUGGAAAUUACAAGUUCUACCUGAAAUUGAGAAAUAUAUCACUGAGAAUAAUCUUUAUAAAGAAGACUAA